GCGCAUUUGGAAAGCGACCCGGAAAAAAAGCUUCAAUUCCGUUUGGCAGGUUUGGGAAACACCUGACAGGACAGUUCCUCCGACCCACAAUGGCUGAUUCGGUGGCGUCAGAUGAUCCGAAGUUUUGUUUUGAGGAGGUUCUGAGCACUUUCAAGGUGUGUCUGUCUGAAGACAAAGCUGUCAUUCUGGAAAACUAUGUGUCUGGCUGGCGGGGUCUGAUAAAGUUUUUAAACAGCUUAGGGUCCGUCUUUAGCUUCAUUUCCAAGGAUGCCAUCAAUAAGAUCCAGAUCUUGGUGAAUUUGCUCAAAGAAGAUACGCACUCUCACUACAUGACCGUGCAGUCCAUGGUCCGAUACGAGCUGGACAACAGCCUGGUGGACAUCGACAAGCGAGGAAGCCAUCCUGAAUCGGGCACUCGUACCCUCCUGAGGCUGCAUCGCGCACUCAGGUGGCUGGAACUCUUUCUGGAGCGGCUGAGGAUCAGCAGUGAGGAUAGUAAGACGUCCGUCAUGUGUGCCGACGCCUACAACGAGUCCCUCGCGCACUACCACCCGUGGGUGGUGCGCAAGGCGGCGGGCUUGGCCUUCUGCGUGCUACCCGGUCGCCCCGCCUUCUUUGAGGUCAUGAAUGUGGGCCCCCCCGAGAAAGUGGUAGCUGUUCUGGGAGAAGCCGUUCCUCUCAUUUCGGAAGUGUACCAGAUUACGGAAGAACUUUAUGCUAAAAACAAUUUGCUCAACUUGCCAUAGAAACAUCUCAACAUGACUACUGGUGACUGGUGCUAGGGACUGUGCAAUAGCUGCAUGUUGGAACACAAGUUAAUGUCUCCUGCAAUCAUCUUUUAAUGUAAAAUCAAUUAAGGAUUGUCAGCUCCAUCUUGGAUGUAAAUAAAUAUCUGGUGGAAGGGUCGUCCGAGGUCAGAGCCGCUCAUCUUCACCAUAACUUGUCAUGUGAAAUAUUUUAUGUGCAACUGGGGAUUUUUAUAGAUCAAAUACGUUGUCUGAUUUAGCUAAAGACACAUUUACAUGUAUUGAUUACAAUGAUGACAUAUUUGAUGUUGCUCCAUUAAUGUCAGUACAUUUCUGUAGCAUCCAUUGAAUGUUUGACCACAUGAAUGAAUUGUUUUGUCUGGUAGAUGAAAUGAUAAUAAGCUAAAAAAUAAAAAACUUAAUGAACAGCAUUCUUAUCAUGUUAUAUUACUUAAAUUACUGUACUAUUUGAAUCAUUACAUCCAAAUAAAGAAAUCCCAUAUUACAUA